GCGCGGCGCGGCGCGGCGCACCCAGUCCCGGCUUCCCCAGCGCGCCGAGGCAGGGCGGAGCGGCUGGACUCCGCCCGGAGCCGGGAAGCGAAGCCCCUCCCGCCUGCCCGGCGCGGGAGCCCGGGGGCGUCAUGGAGCCCCGGGUGGUUGCGGAUGCUGUGGAGGCGGGAGAGGAGGACGUGAUUAUGGAGGCUCUGCGCACGUACAACCGGGAGAACUCCCAGAGCUUCACGUUUGAUGAUGCCCAACAGGAGGACAGGAAGAGACUGGCGGAGCUGCUGGUCUCGGUGCUGGAGCAGGGCUUGCCGCCCUCCCGCCGCGUCACCUGGCUGCAGAGCAUCCGCAUCCUGUCCAGGGACCGCAGCUGCCUGGACCCUUUCACCGGCCGCCAGAGCCUGCAGGCACUCGCCCGCUAUGCUGGCAUCGCCUUCGAGCAGUCGGCCCCGGAGCCUCUGGACAUGGACGUUGUACUCGAGUCCCUUAAGUGCCUGUGCAACCUCGUGCUCAGCAGCCCGGUGGCACAGGUGCUGGCAGCAGAGGCCCGCCUGGUGGUGAGGCUCGCAGAGCGCGUGGGGCUGUAUCACAAGAGCAGCUUCCCACACGACAUCCAGUUCUUUGAUUUGCGCCUCCUCUUCUUGCUAACGGCACUUCGCACCGACGUGCGCCAGCAGCUGUUUCAGGAAUUGCGGGGAGUGCACCUGCUGACUAAUGCGCUGGAGCUGACGCUGGGAAUGACCCCCGAAGAGAACCCGCCUGAGCUCCUUCCUCCCCAGGAGACUGAGCGGGCCAUGGAGAUCCUCAAAGUGCUUUUCAACAUCACCUUCGAUUCCAUCAAGAGAGAGGUGGACGAGGAAGAUGCUUCCCUUUAUCGGCACCUGGGGACCAUCCUGCGGCACUGUGUGAUGGUUGCUGCUGCUGGAGACCGCACAGAGGAGUUCCACGGCCACACAGUGAACCUCCUGGGGAACUUGCCCCUCAAGUGUCUGGAUGUCCUCUUUGCCCUGGAGCCACGCAAAGGCUCCUUGGAGUUCCUUGGAGCGAACAUGGAUGUGAUUCAUGUCCUUCUCAGCUUCCUGGAGAAGCGUCUGCACCAGACGCACAGGCUGAAAGAGAGCGUGGCCCCGGUGCUGAGCGUGCUGACAGAGUGUGCCCGCAUGCACCGCCCUGCCAGGAAGUUCCUGAAGUCCCAGGUGCUGCCCCCACUGCGGGACGUGAGGACCCGGCCCGAGGUUGGGGAGUUGCUGCGGAACAAGCUCGUUCGCCUCAUGACACACCUGGACACUGAUGUGAAGAGAGUGGCCGCUGAGUUCCUGUUUGUCCUGUGCUCCGAGAGUGUGCCCCGAUUCAUCAAGUACACGGGCUACGGGAAUGCCGCCGGCCUCCUGGCUGCCAGGGGCCUCAUGGCGGGGGGCCGGCCUGAGGGCCAGUAUUCGGAGGACGAGGACACGGACACAGAUGAGUACAAGGAAGCCAAGGCCAGCAUAAACCCAGUGACCGGGAGGGUGGAGGAAAAGCCGCCCAACCCCAUGGAGGGCAUGACGGAAGAGCAGAAGGAGCAUGAGGCCAUGAAGCUGGUGAACAUGUUUGACAAGCUCUCCAGGCACAGAGUCAUCCAGCCCAUGGGGAUGAGUCCCCGGGGUCAGCUGACAUCCCUGCAGGAUGCCAUUUGUGAGACCAUGGAGGGGCCGCUCUCCUCGGAACCCGACUCAGACCCCGACUGAGGACAGCAGUCUUCUGUUCCCCCUUCAGAACUGGUGCUGCUUCCAGAGAUGUCCUUGGGACUGUGACCCGGGGAAGCCAUGUCCCUCUCUCCAGCUCAGAGACCCCUUUCUCUUUACUUCCAAAGUUCUGUUAAUGAUUUGUCUCUGGUCCAAUUUCUUACCUUUAGGACUGUGAGGGCCUUGUCCUGCUGCAGCUCUGGGAACUCAGCCUUGAUUUCCACAGAUGAAGUAGGUCUCACGUGUGUGCCAAGAGGAUGUGUGCAGAGGCUGAUGCCUGGGGCAGAGGCUGAGCGUGGGCACACACAAGCAUGUCUGGGUCUGGCACGCUUGCCCAGAGCUUCCGUGUCAAGCAAGCGCUGCAGUUCACGGGAAAAGAACUUGCUAGAACUGUGUGUACUAAUGUCAGGAACAUACUUCCAAGGUAUGCUCUGCUGUUUCUGUCCCCACUGAGCUCAGGACUGGUAGCCUCUUAGGCGUCCUUGGUCCUCGCUCGGCCGUCUGCUGUAGUAUCCACAGCACCCAAGCUCUCACCGGUUGUGACAGUGGAAUCCUGACCAUAAAUAGAUGAAGGGAAGUGCACCUCUUAGAGCCCUAAGUCUGGAUUUCUAUCACGUGCCACAAAGCAUCACAAAAACAUCAUCUUGGAAUAAAGAGUUUGAAGCAAAA